GCGGGGCCAUGGCCGCCCCCAAGCGGCGCCGCGGGCAGGCCUGGCCGGAGGAGGGCGGCGAGGGCGAGCACGGCCUCUACAGCCUGCACCGCAUGUUCGAGGUGGUGGGCUCGCAGCUGACGCACCGCGACGUGCGCGUCCUCUCCUUCCUCUUCGUCGACGUCAUCGACGACUACGAGCGCGGCCGCAUCCGCGGCGGCAGGGACUUCCUGCUGGCGCUGGAGCGGCAGGGCCGCUGCGACGAGAGCAACCUGCGGCAGGUGCUGCAGCUGCUGCGCAUCAUCACCCGCCACGACCUGCUGCCCUACGUCACGCUCAAGAGGAGGAGGGCCGUGUGCCCGGACCUGGUGGAUAAGUACCUGGAGGAGACCUCCAUCCGCUACGUGACGCCGCGGGCCGCAGGGCGCAGCGAGCAGGGCCUGGCCCCCCCACACAAAUCAGUGCCUCCCCACCACCCUGUGGUUUGCUGCUCCCCUGCCGGCCCCCAGCUGGGCCCCAAGCGGCCGGGGCGCGGCCGCAGCCUCCUGGGCGGCCACCGCAAGAGGAGGAAGUCUGCGACCCCAGACCCAAAGGAGAAGCAAACCUGCGACAUCCGCCUGCGGGUGCGCGCCGAGUACUGCCAGCACGAGACGGCGCUGCAGGGCAACGUCUUCUCCAACAAGCAGGACCCCCUGGAGCGGCAGUUCGAGCGCUUCAACCAGGCCAACACCAUCCUCAAGUCCAGGGACCUGGGCUCCAUCAUCUGCGACAUCAAGUUCUCCGAGCUCACCUACCUCGACGCCUUCUGGCGCGACUACAUCAACGGCUCCCUGCUGGAGGCCCUCAAGGGAGUCUUCAUCACGGACUCGCUGAAGCAGGCGGUGGGGCACGAGGCCAUCAAGCUGCUGGUCAACGUGGACGAGGAGGACUACGAGGUGGUCACUCGCUUCAACCGGCUGCGGCAGGAGCAGCGCGGCCUGGCCUCCAAGGCGGCCGAGCUGGAGCUGGAGCUGAACGAGCACAGCCUGGUGAUCGAGACGCUGCGGGAGGUGGACCCCACCCGGCGCUGCUACCGCAUGGUCGGCGGCAUCCUGGUGGAGCGGACGGUCAAGGAGGUGCUGCCAGCCCUGGAGAACAACAAAGAGCAGAUCGGCAAAAUCAUCGAGACGCUGAACCAGCAGCUGCAGGCCAAGGGCCGGGAGCUGAACGACUUCAGGGAGAAGCACAACAUCCGCCUGGUGGGGGAGGAGGACCCCAAGCAGCCCCCCAAAGAGGGCCCCGAGGGGGCUGGGGCCAAGGGGGGUGCUGCUGGGGUCUUGGUCUCGUAGCCCCCUGCCCAGAUUUUCCCCUCACCCCCUUU